GGAUGAUGAAAGCUUCGGCGUGUCUGACGGCGUGAUCGAGCUGCAGCCCUCUUUUUUUUUUAAUUUACUGGGUGAAUCCUCCUUUCCAGUGCUUUCGGACCUGACUAGGUAGCAGAAUGAUUGUGGCCACGUUGAAGGGCAUUGGAAAGCAGCUCCUGAGGGUGAAAGUGGUGGACUGUACCACAGACGAAUCCCGCCUCUCCCGAUGUCUCAACACAUUUGACUUGGUGGCCUUGGGUGUGGGCAGCACGUUGGGAGCUGGCGUCUACGUGCUGGCUGGCGCGGUGGCCCGUGAGGAUGCUGGACCCGCCAUUGUCCUCUCCUUCUUCAUCGCCGCCCUGGCGUCUGUCCUGGCCGGUCUGUGCUACGCUGAGUUCGGGGCCCGGGUCCCCAAAACGGGUUCAGCCUACCUCUACAGCUAUGUGACUGUUGGUGAACUCUGGGCCUUCAUCACAGGCUGGAACCUCAUUCUUGCAUAUAUUAUUGGAACAUCCAGUGUUGCCAGAGCCUGGAGUGCAACCUUUGAUGAGCUAAUUGGGAGGCAGAUAGAGGAAUUCUGCAAGCAGCACAUGUACAUGAAUGCCCCCGGAGUCCUGGCAGAGUAUCCUGACAUAUUUGCUGUCAUCAUCAUCAUCACUCUGACAGGGCUACUUGCAUUUGGAGUAAAGGAGUCAGCCAUGGUUAAUAAGGUAUUCACCUGCAUCAAUGUGUUGGUGCUGGUGUUUGUGAUCAUCUCAGGCCUGGUCAAAGGAACUAUGAAAAACUGGCACCUGAACCCUGAAGAAAUCUUCAAUGCCACCAGCAACAUGACCCUUAAUGUGUCAGAGUCCUUGCUAUCAGAUAAGAAACUCGGUGUGGGGGGCUUCAUGCCUUUUGGCGUCACAGGAGUCUUCUCUGGCGCUGCGACUUGUUUUUAUGCCUUUGUAGGGUUCGACUGCAUCGCCACCACAGGAGAGGAGGUGAAGAAUCCCCAGAGGGCCAUUCCUAUUGGGAUCGUGACCUCCCUGCUCAUCUGCUUUGUGGCAUACUUCGGUGUGUCCGCGGCUCUCACGCUGAUGAUGCCCUACUACAUGCUGGAUAAGAACAGCCCACUGCCUGUGGCCUUUAAAUAUGUGGGCUGGGAGGGAGCCAAUUAUGCAGUAGCCAUUGGCUCUCUGUGUGCCUUGUCUACGAGUUUACUAGGCUCCAUGUUCCCAAUGCCAAGAGUCAUCUGGGCCAUGGCAGAGGAUGGUCUGCUCUUCAAAAGUUUGGCUAAAAUCAGCCCAAGAACCAAAACCCCCCUAACAGCCACAAUAACAUCUGGCAUUGUCGCAGCGGUGAUGGCUUUUCUGUUCAACCUAAAGGACCUAGUGGACUUGAUGUCUAUCGGCACUCUUCUUGCCUACACCUUAGUCGCUGCCUGUGUGUUGGUUCUCAGGUACCAGACAGAACAGCCCAGUAUGGCCUACGAGAUGGCCCGCACACAAGAUGAACCAGAGCUAUCGGAGUCCUUAAAUGAGGGGACCGCUGGCUUUCUGCCAGAGCCAGAGGAUCAAUUAAGCAUGAAGAACUUGCUUUUUCCUUCAAAUACAGAACCGUCUCCACGGUCAGGAUUCAUCGUUAACAUCUGCACCAGUAUACUUGGUGUGUUGGUCUGUGUUUUCUGUAUUGUGGCUGUUUUUGGAGGAUGGGCACCAUGGUCCAUGUCCCUCCUCACUAUUCUGAUGGUGAUCUGCCUGAGCAUCACCCUUAUUAUAUGGCGACAACCAGGGAGCAAGGCUAAACUCGCCUUCAAGGUUCCUCUGUUGCCGUUCAUCCCGGUGUGCAGCAUGUUCAUUAAUGUCUAUCUGAUGAUGCAGCUGGACAGAGGCACCUGGAUGCGCUUUGCCAUCUGGAUGGUUCUAGGUUUCAUCAUCUACUUUGGCUAUGGUAUUCGCAACAGUGCAGAGGCUGCUCUGACCAGGUCCAGCACUGAUGGCUAUAAACCAGCCUGCUCACUUAAUGGACAGCCCAUGGCCAUUGAGAAAGAGGCUUUUCUACACAUUGGACCAAAUGUGACUGGAGAGGAUGACGAGGAUUCCUAACAUCAUAGGAGGUGCCCGGUUUUUCCUUGAGUCAACAUGCUUGAACCAUAUUCUGGAGUCAACAUUUUUUAUAUUCUCAGAAUUCGCAGCAAAAGUGGGAAAUUUGUUGAGUGUCAUGACACAUCUUCCACCGAUGCAACGAGUCUUCUCUCUUCUCUGUCUCAUUGGACUAAGAAUAUAUACAUUGGAUUAUAUUCAACGGAACCAAUCAGGCAAAUUUGAUUGUAUCAGAUAAAUAUUUGCCAAAAGGCUGAAUACAGAAUUUUUACAAGAGCUGCUUUGACAUAAAAGUCUAUUGGCCUGUUUUAAAGUCAUUUUUGUAAGGAUAACACAGAUGUGUUCAGCGUUGCAAAACAUGUCCAAUGCUAUGACAGGUCUUGAUGCACGCUCGGUGAUCCAGAUGAGGAAAUCACAGAAGGUUGAAUCAGUUCAUACGGGCACAACGUUUACAGGGAGAAACGUUUCAGCACUCACCUAAGGGACCUCCUCGGUCUCAGCUGACUGCAGGUAUCCCCACCCUUACAAACAACGCACUGGCAUAACGACCGAAACCGAUGGUUGGUUUCAUAUGCAGAUUGCCAUGCGCAUUAACUACAGUUACAAUGGCCAUGUGUGUUUUAUUUUCAUUGUUUUUUUAAACUAAAUCCAAAGUUUAUCCGUUUUUUUUUUUUUAUAAUGUGUGACGUAACAUGGUACACAUCACAUUUUUAAUUCAAUCUAAAUCAAUAGUUUUUAAAAAUAUCUCGUUUUAGAUAAACAAAAACCAAGUCUGUAAGUGAAAGAGGAAAAAAAGAGGACAUCGCCAGCUGCUUUUAAAAGCAUGACUUGAAUGUUACUUGAAAUAGCACUGUCCUUUCCUUUUUAUAAAUUUGCAUGUGAGAGUUUAGGACCUCGUUGUGUGUCACAGAGUAUGUGGGUCCUUGUUUUCCACCGGUGUCAGGUGCUCUUUGGUCACACGACAUGGUGCUGGUUGCUGUGUCCAUAUGGGAGAUGGAGUCAGCUUGUUACCCUCGUUUUAGGUACAAACACUUGCCGAGAAGACCAGCACAGCUCUUAACUUCAUACUCAGACAUUUUUAAGUGAAAAGAAAAUCGUAAUUGUCAAAUAGUGCAGAGGAUUUUAACUGAAUCCCCACCAUUGAAUGUCCAUACCUGGUACUUUACAGGUAGUAUUUCUGUAUUCAGGGAUUUGACACAAUUUGGAUUCAGCGUCAUGCCUUAACUAUGAGUGUUCAAAAAUAACAAUAUAGAUAGGGUAUCUAUAGAUUCUGCUGAGGGUUUUGUAUUUUCUAUGACUAGCCAAAGAAAUGGGCGGCACGGUGGCACAGUGGUUAGCGCGGUCGCCUCACAGCAAGAAGGUCCUGCGUUCGAGCCCUGGGGUAGUCCAACCUUGGGGGGGGGGGGGUCAUCCCGGGUCGUCCUCUGUGUGGAGUUUGCAUGUUCUCCCCGUGUCUGUGUGGGUUUCCUUCGGGGGCUCCGGUUUCCUCCCACAGUCCAAAGACAUGGAGGUCAGGUGACUUGACCGUACUAAAUUGUUCCUAGGUGUGAAUGUGUGUGUGUGUGUGUGUGUGUGUGUGUGUGUGUGUGUGUGUGUGUGUGUGUGUGUGUGUGUGUGUGUGUGUGUGUGUGUCGGCCGUUCGGCCCUGUGAUGGCCUAGUGGCCUGUCCAUGGUGUCUCCCCGCCUACCGCCCAAUGACUGCUGGGAUAGGCUCCAGCAUCCCCGCGACCCUAAGCAGGAUAAGCGGUUUGGAUGAUGGGAAGAAGAAAGAAAAAAACCUAAAGAAAAAUGCACAUGCUGCUGUGUAACACCGAAUUCAGUGUAAUUUGAUAUAACAGAAAUUAUGUUUGCAAGCGUUAUACCAGUGCUAUCAUGGUCCUGCAGUGUAUUUAAAGUGCCUGUUUCACAUGCCAACCUGUAUAUACUGUAUACCUUCAGUCCCUUUUCAGUUGGUCAGAUAGGAUGGCAUAAUUUUAUAUUUUUUUUGUGUUUAUUUAUGAGUUGCUGUCAAAUUAACCUUGCCAUAAUGACAACCUUGUGAGUCAAAGCGACACACUAGCUCAUCUCUUUCACAAGGUCAGUGGUAGGGUUGGGCAUCGAGAACCGGUUCCAAAAUUCUGAUUCUAAAGGAAAUUUGAUUGUGCCUAUCGGUCCCGAAAUACAUUUCACUCGCGCUGAGAGUUGGUUUCCGGUUCCGUGGUGGCGGCAUGCAGCCUGCGUAGUUUCCGCCUCCGCAAGGUAAAUGCGCGCCAUCCUGGACCAGAGCAAGGGGCGUUCGGAAGUGUGUACAAACACCGGGGUACCGUGUUUGACACCUUGCGCCGGUCUCCAUCUCCAGCCUCGGCGUCCUCUUCAGCCAACCCUGAGCAAACAGCAAGCGGCACCUCGUAUCAGUUGGGUCGGUGAAAAUUAAUAACGUUUGUCUUCUUCGCAACCGCGAGUCAGCAAACAACUGACACAUGAGCGAACUGCUGUAAACUGUAUGCUAAUACUGAAAUGGGUUUUUUUUCUGUGCUGAACGCUCGCGUGUACAGCCUGGUAGUCCGGACCAGGAUGUGACUGUCUUUAUGUCUUCAUCUCCGUGUAUGAAGCCGGUUGCUGUAAAUGUAAAUAUAAGAGUGAGACGUUCACAUGAAUGAUCUGUUCUUAAAACAGAAUGGCUUGUAUAACGUGUUUUUUUUUUUUUUUUGGUAACACUUUAGUAUGGGGAACGUAGUCACCAUUAAUUAGGUGCUUAUUAGCAUGCAAAUUAGCAACACAUUGGCUCUUAAUUGGUCAUUAUUACGUACUCAUUAAUGCCUUAUUCUGCAUGGCCUUAUUAUACAACCAGUAAACCAUUAACUAUGAGUUUUCCCUCUAUAACAUCAGAAUUAUUGCUUAUUAGUAGUACCAUCUCAAUAUGCUUUGCUUAGUAUGGACUUUAUAAGGUGGUAGUACCACAAGAAGAGUUAUUCUCCCUUACUAACACUUAAUGAAUAUGGUCUGUUCUUACAUAACAAAACACAAAACUACAAGUGUUAAUAGUGUUAAAUUACUGUAAAUUAAGUUUUUGUUACUUAGAAUAUGUUCCCCAUACUAAAGUGACAUCUUGAUCAUUACUAAUUCACUAGUAAUUAAGUUUUUUUAUGUUCCCCAUACUAAAGUGUUACCUUUUUUUUUUAAAUACAGUUUUCUUCUGUUAUAUAAGCAUGUGACCUGUUUUGAGCCCGCCUCUCCGAGAACCGGAAUCGAAAAGCAGAUUCAGAAUCAUUAAAAUCCAAACGACGCCCAGCCCUACUCACCAGUGAGGUGCUUUCAAGCCAAAUGUUAUAAUAACUCAGACAUUUUGGGGAAAAUAUAUUUUUCUGUUUUUUUGGUUUUUUUUAAUAGUUGCGAUAACAGUGCUGAAUGAUCUGUCUAUCCAUACCAUUAUAGUUGGCUAGCUGCCUAAAAUAGAUGUAUUAUAAUGUAUAAAGCAUAUCUGAUUAAAAAGAGCCGAUGUUAUUCAUUUCUGACACGUCUAUAAAAAAAAGUGUCGGAGAAGAUUUUGCUUCAGGAAAAGAUCGUCUGUUUGCAUAUAAACACGGAUUAACACGUGUUUUGGGGACAGAACAGGUUUCAGAGAAUACGGUGGACUAAGUCCAGGCUUUGUCCAUGCUUCUUUGACCCUAUUUUGUGUAUACAUUUGCAUGCAUUAAAAACUGAUGAAAGAUUUCCCAAGUGUGAACAAAAGUAUUUAAUUAUAUCACGAGAGGUCAACUUUUGCACUCUUCUUCUGUGUCUGUGUGAUGCUGUAGUCUUGUUCUGUGUGUUUCCUUGUAAAUGGUGAAGGUUUGUUUAGCGCCUGCUGUAAAUAAACACUAUGAAUUAAAGGUGUACU